AUGGUCCCUAACUCCCUUGACGACAUGUAUAACGGCUGCACUGAACAAAUGUACAACAAGGUGCAGAAGGAAUAUCUGGAACAUGAAAACAACAGGGAAGGGAUCUUCAAACAAGCCUGGAUGAAUGCAGAAAAAUGUGCAAGAAAGGCCAAGUCCAAUUCUAAAGACAAACUUACACAUGAUCAUAUCAAGGCUAUCUGUGCUUACACAGCAGGUUCCCCUAAGAUAUACCCAGUGUUCAACCAAGCAGUCCGGACCAAUAGAACAGAGUACACAACCUCCUUCCAGUUCCACUCCCUGCAUUUCCUGCUGACUGACGCCAUUUGCCUCCUGAAACUAAACCAACAGACCUGUCACACCACAUACCGGAGAACCAACAUGGAGUUUGGAGGUGAAGUUAACAAAAUAAUCAGAUUUGGCUUCUUUGCCUCCAGCUCUCUUGAGAAGGGAAUUUAAAAAAAAUUUGGAGACAAGUCUUGCUUUGACAUAAAUACAUGUUUUUCCGCUAAUCUGAAGUCCUACCCCAACAUGGGGAAUCAUGAAAAGGAGGUGUUGAUUCCACCGUAUGAAGUGUUCAAAGUUACUGCCGUGAUGAAGAAAGAAAAUGAUGAACACCUUUGGUGCGAUGUUGUGUACAAACUAGAGAGUAUCAAACCCCCCAAGAGUAACCUGAAUUGCAACAUUUUUAAGAAGCCAAUUAUUAAUUAAGAAAAUCUAUGUUGAUCUUGAGUAAUUGUCCCUAAAUAGGAUUUAAAUCAAACAGCCAGGCUGCUUAUCCUUCUUAAAGUAAAUAAAGCCAAACAAUGUGUUUUCAGUGUUUAAAGCUUUUAUUGUAUUAAGUUAAUUGGUUCAUUGGUGGAUGUUACAUACAAACCUCAUCCUGACUACCUGAAAUAGUGAUUAUUAAGAUGUUUGUACUAGCCUUUGUAUCAGACUCCAUAGGAGACUUUAAAGCACUUACAGUAAAUGUCUUCUGCAACUUCUGGCAAAAUGAAUAAAGAAAAUCAUUGAGCUUGACUACAGUAAGUCUCGUCCAUUUUGUUUUCACUUUCACUGUACCACGUUUAGACAAACUAAAGUUACAACAUUACAUUAAGUCAAUUCUGGACGUCUCUUCACAAAUUGCCCCGCCCCGAUUAGCCCACAGGCAUGUCACCCAUCACCGGCUGAUUCUCAUAAGUGGUGGGGCCCUGCCCCUGCCGUCCUUGAUUGGCUCCGAAGUUUAUACUAGGGGCCUCAAGGUUUGCCGUAGUGCUGUUUUCUUUAUUCCCUGAUAGCUGAUUAAUUGAUGGGUUAAUUGAUCGACUGAUCGAUCAAUCAAUUGAUUGAUUAGUGGUAUAUUGGAUAUGAGUAUUUCAUGCCUGAAUCAGUCCCUGAUUAGAGGGGAAGGAUGAUGAUGAGGUUUAAGGGUCUUUCUGUACUGUUACUAUGGGUAACCUUUUCUCAGUAUCAGCAGUGCUGCUGCUGGUGUUAGUCAUGUUCACAUAUAGCUCAGUAUGAAAGAAGUGUGAAUUUUUUUUUAUCAGAAGCCAUGUGGUGUUUCCUGCCUGUGUGUGUGUGUGUGUGUGUGUGUGUGUGUGUGUGUGUGUGUGUGUGUGUGUGUGUGUGUGUGUGUGUAUGUGUGUGUGUGUGUGUGUAUGUGUGUGUGUGUGUGUGUGUGUGUGUGUUAGCAUGUAUGCAUGUGUUCUUUUGAAAGUGACCUGUAUUAAUCUGUGUAAACACACAUCACUCUACAGAUAUAACUGUUGGAUAAGGUGCCACCUAUACAGGGGCUGGCUAUAAACUCCACAGUCAGUGGCUGGACUCAACCAUAAACUCCACAGUCAGUGGCUGAACUAAACCAUAAACUACACAGUCAGUGGCUGGACUCCACCAUAAACUACACAGUCAGUGACUGAACUCCACCAUAAACUACACAGUCAGUGGCUGAACUCCACCAUAAACUACACAGUCAGUGGCUGAACUCCACCAUAAACUACACAGUCAGUGGCCCAACCACUAAGGACACAUCCCAAUAGUCUCAAUCUGCAUCCUUCCUUUCCUUGUCCCUUUUCAUGAACUCCUAUCAUUUGUAACCACCACAAAUCUGACAGACCUCACCAUAUGAACGCAAUAUGAUGGAACACUAUCAACCUACCAGGCCUCUCACAUCUCAGUCAUAACAAAGGAAUGGAACCCUGUUAACCUACCAGACCUCUCACAUCUCAGUCAUAACAAAGGAAUGGAACCCUGUUAACCUACCAGGCCUCUCACAUCUCAGUCAUAACAAAGGAAAGGUAACAACCAUAACCAGUAGUAUUAGAAUACUGCCUAAAUCAUAACCUGGACAUUGGCAUGAGAGACAACAGAAUAGCAAACACACACACUAAUGUACCCAGAGGCCUUUAGUCUUGACUGUGCAUUCUGGGCAGAAGAGGGCAGUGUUUAACUCAACCAGAUAAAGGAAUGAUUGGCAGACAAAGCUUAGACUAGGCCAGAGGAAAUCAACACUAUUUGUGGA